AUGGCCACAUCACCGUCGUCCGCCUUUACAGGCGUCAUCAUCGGCCUCGUCUCUUCUUUUGGUUCCAUCGUUUUGAUAGCGAUCAUUGUCUUCAUUUUUUGGGUAACGGGAUGUGCUGGGUCGGGGCGGAUCUUGCUGGAUCGCCUGGGGCGGCCGGGCGAGUUUGACGAUGAGCAGGCGUUUGCGCGAGAGGAGGCGGAGGCGCUGGAGAAUAUGGAUGAGAUGGCGAGGGCCGAGUACCUCCGGGCAAAAGCUUUUGUGACGCACAACCCUCCCGAAUCGUUACAAACGGAAAUAUCACUAUCACAAUUCCUCGCCAUACAAGAAAAGGGCGUCUCGGCCUGGGAGUUUGAGCCGGAGUUGGAGAUUGCCAACUGCUUUGUCGAGGCGCGGACCGAAAUCGAGUUCUUCGACACGGAGUGCACGGUCUUGACGAAUCUGCCAGUCCCGAAACAGAACGAUGUGUAUUACUGGGAGGCCAAGAUCUACGACAAGCCGGAACACACACUCUUGAGCAUCGGAAUGGCGACGAAGCCGUACCCUCUGUUCAGAUUACCAGGCUUCCACAAAUACUCUGUCGCGUACCAAUCCACCGGCCACCGACGCUACAACCAGCCCUUUAGCAAGACCAACUACGGCCCUCCGCUCGUGCAAGGUGACGUUGUGGGCGUUGGGUACCGUCCUCGCACAGGCGCCAUCUUCUUCACCCGCAACGGCAAGAAGCUGGAGGAAGUCGUGCACGGACUGAAAGCGCAAAAUUUCUUCCCUGCCCUAGGCGCCAUCGGCCCCGCGGUUGUCCAUGUGAACUUUGGCCAAGCAGGCUUCGUCUUCAUCGAGGCCAACGUCAAGAAAUGGGGGCUCGCCCCUGUCACGGGCAGCCUUGCCCCUCCGCCGCCCUACGGUUCGGAACAGGGCAGCAUCCUCCUCGAGACAGGCACCAAGGACGGGUUCACGGGGACACCCAGUCGCACCCACAGCCACUCCGUCAGCAACUCGUACAACGUCCGUCAUGGGGAGAACCUCAACCCGUCACACGGCCGGACACGCAGCGGUAACUUUAGGAUCUUCCCGCCGACGAGUCCCGGUCCCGUCAGGAGCCCGACCGACAUCUCGCUCGCACAGCUUGUCCCCAACGAUGGCAACGGUGAGGGCAGCAGCGCACACCAGGCCUACGAGGAGGAAGUCUCUGACCCGAUCAACCUACACAUUGAAGACGCGACGAACCCGCCGCCGGGCUACGCCAGCCCAGACCAAGCCGCGCACGAGGGACACGCAGCGACGGAAGACGACGAGGAGCGACCGCUGCACGUCUCCGCCAAUAGCAACAGAAAUAGAGGCGACUCGGUCACCACGGUGGUGCCAGCGCAUCACGAUGGGCCCGUGCCGAGCUACAGUGAUGCCGUCAGGCAAGGUGCCACGCCUCAGCCCAGGAGCGACGACUCAUCCUCCGGAUCGGCGGGAGAGGAAAGUGAAAGUCAAGAUGACGAUGACGAUGAAGAAGAAGUACGAGAAGGAGGAGGUUCACCCUAA